UAUUAAAAUAUGAACCCUCUUUUUAUUCUUUCUAUAUAAGCUUGUAUUCUUCCAUAUCAAACCAAUUCUUGAUUCUACUCCUUUUCAAGGUAUGCAAUUGAUCUCUCCUUUUCCCUAAAUUAAUCUCUAAAUUGAUGAAUUCUUCUUUAUUUUCUCCUUUAUUUACUGUUUUUGGCAUUAUCGCCUUGAGCAGUUACAUGAAUUUCUGCUUUUGUAUCGGUAUUGUAGAUUUCGACAAAAUUUUGCAGCUGAAAACUGACGUUAGCAAUGGCUUCUUUUCUUUAAGGUCUUCGCUUUCCUCAAUCUAUAAGGUGGUUGGAACACUACAAUCAAUUAAUAUUUCUCUCCUAUAUAAUCGACUACUCAACCAGAAAUCAAAUGGAUAGUAUUGAUUGGGGCAAUGAGCUUGAACAAAGCUUGAUAAUGUCUUCCCCAAAUCCUCUCUACUACAACAACAAUAACAAGAUCGAGAGCUCGAUUCAUCACAAAACCGAGAAUAUUUUGCCUCAAUGGAAUUCAGUAAGAUCAGGAGCUGGCAGCGGUUGGGCUGUCGUCGUCAAUGAAGGAACCACGACGUCGCGGUCCUUCAUUGAAUGCGGUAGGCCCUCCGCAUUCAACACCACUCUUCCUCUUCCUCUUCCUCUUCCUCCUCGAGUCGAAAAUGGCAUCAUCAUCAAUAAUGAAUCGAACAUUCUCGAUGCCGCGGCCGCCUCUUUCGAGUCGUCCCUCGACUGCCUCCUCUCCGCAUCCACCGCCACGUCAGCCGAUCAGGACGACAUCUUCUCCGAGUGCUGGAAUUUCGCGAAACCGGAUAAAAUCAUCCCUCGAAAUUCCGAUGAAAUCAGGAGCAAUCACAAAAGGAAGCUCGAUUUCCACUCCGAUCGCAGCGAUUUUGAGUCGAAGAAGGCGAGAUUCGAGAAAAAACCGCCGUCGUCGAACAUCAAUUUCCAGCAGGCGAGCACGUCGGCGUCUUCCGGCGGCGGAGACGAGACGGACGCGGAGGCGAUCGCGCAGAUGAAGGAGAUAAUCUACCGCGCGGCGGCGUUCCGGCCGGUGGAUUUCGGGGCGGAGGCGGCUGAGAAGCCGAAGAGGAAGAACGUGAGGGUGUCGAGCGAUCCGCAGACGGUGGCGGCGAGGCAGAGGAGAGAGAGGAUAAGUGAGAGGAUUAGGGUUUUGCAGAAGCUCGUCCCCGGCGGGAGCAAAAUGGACACGGCGUCGAUGCUGGAUGAGGCGGCGAAUUACCUCAAAUUCCUCCGAUCGCAGGUGAUAGCGCUCGAGGCGAUGGGGCAGAAGAAUCCGGCGGUGAAUAAUUUUCCGGCGAGUGCGAAUUUCGGAUUCUCGCCGUUUAUUGGCUACUCGUUUGCCAUGCAGCAGCAGCCUCAGUUCUCAAUCCAUCAUAAUCAAUUCAAAAGUUGAGAAAAUAUUAGUAAAUUUUUUUUAUUGGUUUCCCCAAUUAAUUUUCUUGAUCUAGGUUAUCAUGAUUAGAUCAUGAUGUUACGUGUUUGGAGAAAAAAUGGGUUUUUAAUUAAUUAACUUGUUAAAGUUGAAGAAUCAUAAUUAUGAAGCCAUCAUUAACCUUGCCUUUUUAUUGCUUUUUUACUAGUUUUUACUAUAUGUAUGUGAUUAAUGAUGG